CCAACAUGAGUAAAACCGUGUGGUGUGCACACUUCAUGCCAUUUUGACUUGACAUCGGAGUGUUCCUCAGUCCCCUUCGAUUCCAUCCAAGAAAGCGCAAACCAAUGGCGGCCGCGAUCCCUGCUGCGAAGCUCGAGCUCAAGCCUCCUCCGUAUCCCCUGGAUGCGCUGGAGCCCAACAUGAGCCAGAACACCUUGUUGUUUCACUGGGGGAAGCAUCACAGGUCGUACGUCGAUAACCUGAACAAGCAGAUCGUCGGGACGCAGCUGCAAGGGAAGUCGUUGGAGGACGUCAUAGUUGGGACGUACAACAACGGCGACCUUCUCCCUCCGUUCAAUAACGCUGCUCAGGUCUGGAACCAUGACUUCUUUUGGGAUUCGAUGAAGCCGGGCGGCGGAGGCAAGCCGACUGGCGAACUUCUGAAGUCGAUCGAGAGAGAUUUCGGUUCUUUUGAGAAGUUCUCCGAAGAGUUCAGAGCGGCUGCCGCCACGCAGUUCGGUUCCGGUUGGGCUUGGCUUGCCUUUAAUCCCCGUCCUUCGGAUGGGAAGGAGCUUGUAGUGUUGAAGACUCCCAAUGCUGUGAAUCCCCUGGUUCUGGGCUACACGGCGCUCCUCACGAUUGACGUAUGGGAGCAUGCUUACUACCUUGACUAUCAGAACCGACGGCCAGAUUACAUAUCAAUCUUCAUGGAGAAGCUUGUUUCCUGGGAUGCAGUUUGUGCUAAACUUGAGGUUGCGAAGUCCCAAGCUGCUUAAAACAGACGAUCGAGGAAGAAGAGAGAAGGGGGUGGUACUGAUUCUAGUUAUAUACAGUUCUGCUGAAGGUGUUCAGAAGCACAAAGAAUUUUCAUCUUCUUCUUCUUGGUUUUUGCCCGAAUAAGGUCCCGUGAUCACGGACCAAAACUUGCCAUCCCUCCUUUGUUGUUGAGUGAAAUAUCCAAUAUACGCGUGUGAUCUUAUUAGGUGCCA